AUGACUUACUUACAUUUUCAAAAUAGAAAAAAAAAUGUGAAAGAUGCUAAAGGUGUGCCAGUUGCAGCAAGUGGCGAAAGUUUAAGGAAAUAUGAAGUUCAUCGUCAAGGCUUACUGAAGAAAGAAGAAAGGCCGAUUGUUUUCACAACAAAACAGAUGCAAGAUGUCACUCUAUCGGGUGAUAACUACAAACAAAUCAUCGGAGAAAGAAAAGAAGAGAAGAGAACGGAAGUACUUGAGACAAAUGACCCAGAGGUCUUGUAUAAAGGAAGAAGAGACAACAUACUAGACGUUUGUUCCCGUCAACAAUUCAAUCAAACAUCACUCCAAUAUGUUGCGUCUCGGAAUGUGAUUGACCGUAAACAAAAGUUAGCCUACUGUACAAUUCAAAAGUCCGCAUCAACAUUUUGGAAAAGAGUGUUUCGGAUCGUGAUUGGGCAAUCAAAUGCACUUACCCCUUUUGAUCCAACCGUUAGAGCACUGGAACCUUUCGAUCGCUUAGCGAAUUUACCAGCAUAUGCGAGGGAGAGUUUCAUGAAAACAUCUCUUACAUUUAUGUUUGUUCGUGAGCCGUACGGUCGACUGUUUUCUGGAUAUGUUGAUAAAUUGUUUUCUCCUAAUUUCUUUUUCUGGAAGAAAUUCGGUGUCUAUGGCGUAAAACUUUUACGGAAAAAUCCAAGUAAGUACGAUCUCAAGUGUGGACAUGAUCUCAGUUUUAGAGAAUUCGUAAAAACAGUUAUUCAUGCUGAAAAACAUGGUACUUUAAAAGACGGUCAUUUUACUCCACAGUAUGAACAUUGUCGUCCCUGUCAUUAUAAAUAUGACUUUAUAGGUAAAUUAGAGACGCUUAAGCAGGAUACUUUUUAUCUUUUAAAUAAGAUGGGGAAAUUCGAUUUAAGAAAAUCGAUGACUGACAACUUUCAUGAAAGUACUGUGGAUGACACAAUCAGGGAUCAAGCGAAAAUGUUAUUCAGCUUUAGAAAACAUUUUUCGAUUUGUGGAGUUUCAUUCUUCCAAGCUCAAAAGCUUAUGUGGAAAAAGUGUCAGAUUCGUGGUAUACUUAGUAAAAACUCGAAAUAUCCAGUUACUGAAGAGAUGAGUGAAAAUAUAGAAGUUGCACAGUAUAUUCGGAUGUUAAACGAAGGCAGGGGAGACGCGUUGGACAAGAGUAUAUCUAAACGGAACAAAGAAGAGGCAAUGCUAGAGGCUUUUUCAACAGUGGACGCGGAAGAUAUGGAAUUCUUGAGUGAAAUGUUCCGACUUGAUUGUGAGCUAUUUGGGUAUGAUUGUAGGCCAGAGAAACUAUUUAAGAUCAAGAAAAAAAUCAAACCAUGGUAUUUUGAUAGCAACACGGCAUGA